GCGCAUUGUUGAAUAUCAAACUUUACGCAAUAUGCCAAAUAUGAAGAUAGUUUAUAUACAUACGCUGCCUGAAACUGUAACAUGUAAAUAUAAAUCUAAAAAAAAAAUAUAUAUGAAUGAAACAUAUCAUCUGACAUGAAUUGAAUUCUAAAUGUCUAGUUCCCUUUAUUACGAUUCACUUCACACGAAUAUUAUCUUCAGUGAAUGUCAAAAUAAACUUAAACAGUUUCAUAUCACAUGUUAACACCAAUCUUCUUUCAAUCAUUUAAUGCGCAUAAAAUGGGUAACAAUCAACAAAAUCUUUUAAGACAAAUAGUAAUCGGAGUUGUCGCCCAUGGUCAAUACGCCAUUUCGCCCAGCACUGCCAGCAUGCUAGAAAAUUCCGUUAAUCGAUAAACACUCGCACCGCGCUACGAUGGCAACUUAAUGUAUGUAAUUUAUAUCAAAAUGGAUUGAGUGCGUCAUAGCAAAGCACUAUGGUAUUGAUUCAAAGAAAAAUUCUUGGAGUUCCGCCAUGUUUUAGUGAGGAAGUUAAGUGAACGCGGGUAAAUGGUGAGCCGAGAGGCGAUGGGCCGGGGAUUAGAUCGGGUACGAAGAACUCGGACAGUUACUUGGACUUGGUAUUAAUGAUUUUAAAGCCGCAUAUGGCUGGUUACGAGUUUUACGAUGCCGUUCUCAACAAUGAGUUGACAACCUUGAAAAGAAUUGUUGCGCAGUACAAGAACGACCUGAACGCGAAGUUCGUCGAGGUGCGGAAGAAGAAUCACGCGGACCUGUGUCCCAUCCACCUAGCGGCAUACCGGGGCUACACGUACAUGCUCCAAUAUCUGAUAGAGUCAAAAUGCGACGUGAACAAGACGACCUCGACGUUACGGCGGACAGCGCUACAUUUCGCCGUUCUCCGACACAAGAUGGCGUGCAUGUUGCUACUCAUCGCUGCCGGGGCCAAGCUGGACACGAGGGAUACCUUUGGGAACUCCCCGUGCCACUACGCGGCAGACGACGGUUACUGUCAGUUCUUAGACGUCCUGAUUCGUCGCGGUGUCAACGUUGAUAUUCAGGACAUAACGUCAAAGACGCCGCUAAUGAAGGCCGUCAGGAACAACAAAACCGACGCCGUGCUUCGCCUGCUCCGCGGUAACUGCAACAUCAACAUCACGGACCGGAACAGCGACAUGGCGCUGCACUACGCGGCCAGGAACGGUUGUGCCGACAUCAUUGAUAUCCUCAUAGCGUCCCACAGCCAGGUUGACGUACAAAAUUACUGGGGACGGACGCCUCUGAUGGAGGCAGUCUGCUACAACCACAGGGAGGCCGUCGCCAGACUCAUUCGCGCCAAGUGCGACCUCAACCGACGAGAGUUCAAGACCGGCGACACCGCUCUCCAUAUUGCCAUCAAGCGGAACUAUACCGCGGUGGUGGAGUUGCUGCUGGCAGCGGGAACGCGCCACGAUAUUUACAACCAUCAGGGUGAAACGGCCGCUUACGAAGCGGUGAUUAGCAACAAACUUGAUGUGAUAAAACUCAUGGUCAUCUACAACUGCGACCUAGAGCAGCCGAUAAAAUACUUUUGUACCGGCGUGUAUAAAUCGCUAUUUCAAUUGGCAGCCGAGAAGGGUCAUUUUGAUAUUUGUCGUCUGCUUGCUACAUACGGGUAUGUUGACUUCUCCGCGCGCGUGCAUUUCUACGCGGGAUAUGUCCCAACGCGCGCCGGAAGUGAACAAGACGAGGUGCUACAUUGGCUUCGCCGGAAGUUGCAGACGGCAACUUCCCUCCAACAGCUGUGUCGUAAAGUGAUACGGAAGCGUAUCGGUCACAACAUUGUCAGCAAAAUUGAAGUGGUUAAUAUGCCCAGGGCACUCAAAGAGUAUGUUCUCAUUUCGGACUUCACCGAAACGAACAACCAGUUUCUAAACUUGAGUAUGUGUUAAAGCUGACGUUCUAUAUUAAUUUGUAAUCUAACUGACUGGUUGAGUCCUAAUUUGUAUUUGUAAUAAUUAAACUCUGACAUUAAUUGCAUUCUUGUUUUGAAAAACAACGUUUAUUUUCAUCAUGUUUGGUAAAAGUUAGAUCGUAUAGCCGUAUUCUUAGAGCGUUGAAUGCGUAUCCAAAUGUGAUACCAGUUUGACUCUGAUGCUAUUUAAAUAACAUUUAAUAAUUUUAGACCUAAUCAGUAUCAAACCAUCGUCACAUUAUCGUAACCAUGACGACGCUUAUUACGACAAGCACUAGCAAUCAACCAUACGUCCAUUCCUCUACAUACAACAAGGUUACACGGUUACAGUUGUUUUAUAGUCUUUUAAAAUGAGCGUGAACACCGGUUAUAAUAGAAAUACCUCGGAUGAGGAAAAUACAUUACCAACGCACAUAACAUUAUUCACCAAAACUUUUAAGUUUUAAAAUGAAACAACUUAGCCAAAUAAAACAAAUUUUGUCAUAUGGAAAAAAACACAUGAUUGUUUUCCUAGAAAAUGAACAGAAAGUAUUAUAACGUAGAAAAAGACAGUACAUGUAUUUAAAGCACACAACAGUAUCAUAUUUCAUGUAUUGAAUUCCAGCAAAAAAUCUUACUUUGAUCUAUUUUCUUAGUUUUUGUGAUCAGCAAAAACGACUGAGUUUCAAUUAUGUUCUUAGUGUUUUAAAUAAUAAUUAGAUUUAAGGGGUGACUCAUGACUAUUAUUCUUAAACAACAAACCAAAAAAUAUUUGCUGUACACAUUACAAUGAGGAAGUGAAUCUUAAAGUAUGUACCAAUAAUUAUUUCUGCUAUUUUUGUAAGAGUCCAUAUAGUAAGAGGAAUAGCUAAAUUAUAUGUCAUUGUUAUUUUAUUUAUUGAUGUAACAUGCACUACUUCAAAUAUAUAUAUAUAUAUAUAUAUAUAUA